CAGAACAUUUCAUGGGGAAAAAAACGGAAUCUGACAAAUCGCUACAAGUCCCCAGUUAACCCAAUCAAACCAACCCGACCCGAAUACAAUUCCCGCUACACUCAAAUUUGCCUCCUCCUCUCAACCGAAUCCUACACAGAAUUUGAUUUAAUCACCCUAUAUAUAAAAGCCCUUCUUCUUGCAUGUAAAACUCAUUCUGUACACACCCAGAAAGUAAAUUAAUAAAAUUAGUAAAGUUUAAAGAUGAAGAUAGUUCACAAAGACAUAAGCCCUAAUGGCCCUGGGAGUGUUAAGAUGGUUCCUGAAGAAGCAGAUGAUUUGUGGCUGGCUUAUAAUUUAAUUAGUAAAGGUGACAAGGUGAUGGCUGCUACUGUGAGGAAAGUUUUGAGGGAAACAGCUUCUGGCGGUAGAGAUUCAGAGCGUCUGAAAUUGACGUUGGAAAUCAAAGCUAUGGAUGUGGACUAUGACAAAGAAGGAUCUUUAUUGCGUAUACGAGGAAAAAGCAUUGUGGAAAAUGCACAUGUAAAGAUUGGAGCUUUCCAUACGCUUGAACUUGAGCUGCACCGACCUUUUGUGCUAAGAAAGGUGGUUUGGGAUACAAUGUCAUCAGAUGCACUCUAUCAAGCCUCUGAUCCUUCUGCAAGUGCUGAUCUGGCUGUGGUUAUGAUGCAAGAAGGGCUAGCACAAAUAUUCCUCAUUGGAAAAAGUGUGACAGUAAUGCGUUCAAGGAUAGAAGCUUCAAUACCUAGGAAGCAUGGACCUGCUAUAGCUGGUUAUGACAAAGCUUUGGACAAAUUCUUUGAGAAUGUCGCACAGGCUUUCUUGAAACAUAUUGAUUUUCAAGUUGUUCGCUGUGCUGUGAUUGCAAGUUCAGGAUUCACAAAGGAUCAAUUUCAUCGUCAUUUGAUGUUGGAAGCAGAAAGGAAGCAGUUGAGAACUAUAAUCGAAAACAAGUCGCGCAUAAUUCUUGUGCACACGACCUCAGGAUACAAGCAUAAUUUAAGAGAGGUUCUGGAUGCUCCAAAUGUGAUGAAUAUGAUAAAAGAUACAAAAGCAGCACAAGAGGCCCGAGCACUUAAAGAUUUUUUCGCCAUGCUUUCAAAUGAUGCAUAUCGUGCAUGUUAUGGACCAAAGCAUGUUGAAGUUGCCCACGAACGCAUGGCCGUGCAAACACUUCUCAUCACUGAUGAGCUCUUUAGGAAUUCUGAUGUAGGAACAAGGAAAAAAUAUGUCAGUUUAGUCGAUUCGGUAAAGAAUUCAGGGGGCGCUGCACAUAUAUUUUCAUCAAUGCAUGCUUAAGGAGAACGUAAAAUUGGCACAGAUAACUGGAAUCGCAGCAAUCCUUCGAUUUCCAUUAUGCCCUGUUUGGUAACCUUGAUUUGAUUUCAAAUCCUGCAUUUGUUCAAAUCUACUGUUUGCCAAAUUCUAUAAAUUCUAGAUUUGGAUUUGUUCAAUUCCAUCAAAUUUAAACAAAAGCUAAAACAAAAUAAUUUGAAAUACUAGUCAGCAAAGUGUCAUUUGAAAUCAAAAAAUAGAAGACAAACUCCAUGCCUUCACUUCGGGCUGCUCGCUCAUCUUCUCUCCCUCGCCCCUCUUCUCUCCUGCCAUUAUUCCGUCUCCGCCGAAAAUUCAAAGUUUCUUGGAUUCCUGAUUAAACUUCUUCGACGCAAUAGAGUCCAAGGUGUGGAAAAAACUUGUUAACAUAAGAGAUUCGUGUAAACGUUUGAGGGAUGAUGAAGAUAUGGAGUUAGUUACGAUAGUUGCGGGUUUUAUUGUGGUUGUAGCAGCGGUCUCAUAUGGUCAAAUGUAUGGUCAAAUGAUGAAGAUAUCAAAGUUCUGCAGGAGAAGCAGUAAUCUGCUCUGCUCUGUUCUUUUUAAAGCUGUAAUCAAAGUUCUGCAUGAGAAGGAUUUGAUAGAAAGUUCCAUUUAAAUGCAUUUACGUUGUUGUGCUUCUUAAAUUAAGCAGUGAUAAAUUAUGUAAUGCUAGAAUUACUCUGUCUUAAGCAAAAAAACAAAAUAUCAAACAUAGGAAUUGUGCUAGAAUUAUGUGCUAUCAACUAAAUAAUUAUGAGCAGAUUUCUUUAUCAACUAAAUAUCUAUGGCCUUAGAACAGUAUAUAGCUGUGGCCUGUGUGCUUGUAAAGUAUUCUGUAUCAAUUACCAAAUAAGCAUUCUUUAGAUAAUAUAUUUGCAAUGCUACAUUGACAAUAAUUAGCUCACUUGUAUGUUUUGGUCUGACCAAUCAAUGUUUCUUAUUAUAUUCUUGUGAUGCAAUGCUUUGGUCUGAUAAUAUAUUGAAAUGUUUCUUACUUGUGAUGCUUUGGUCUGUGCAAUAUAAACUUGUACCAGACAUGUAUUUCAGAUUACUAAGUUCACAUUUUUCUAAGAUAAUUAAUAAUUAAUACUGAUCAUCAUUUUGCUCUUCACAUUUCAGAUUACUAAGCAUUUCAAAGUGUAUGUUAAGUAGUGUGUAUGGUGCGUGGUCAGUGUCUUACUUGUGUGUCUGACUAGAUUCUGUAUUUGUUGAAUAUAUUGAUGAGAAGUGGAGUGGUGAUAGCUCCUCGAUUCUCCCCUCUGAUCCUUAUGAUCGUGUUGUUGCGCGAUUCUGGGCUGCGUAUUUUGAUGACAAGGUGGUUCCAGUCCAGAGAGCGAAAGGGUGGCGUUGAUAGAGCAGCUAGCGGAAGGAUUGGUGCCGCUGGAGGAGGCUUUCAAGACAUGUAGCAAAGGGAAGAGCUACUUCGGGGGAGAUAACAUUGGUUACACUGAUAUUGCUGUUGGAAGCUUCAUUGGAUGGAUCAAGGCAAUCGAGAAAAUGAGUGGCAUCAAGGUUCUGGCUGAGGCAAAAACACCGGGCCUCGUCGGAUGGGUGACCAAGUUUCUGUCGACUGAUGCUGCUAAGAAAUUUGUUCCGGAGCCUGAAGUGUAUGUUGAGCUUCUUAAGAAGAUGCAGGCUUGAGCCUGAGCUGCAUAAAGGAACUGGGGGUGUGUCUGUUUGAUCCAAUAAGUGACUUGUGUUUUCUAGCAAGUUUAUGUAGUAUUAAAAUCAUAAGAUAAGUACAGAUCGCUUGUAAUAUUUGAAUUAUAAGUGUGAAGUACAUGUUAUAAUAAAGUAUUUACUCAUUUUAUCUUGGA